AAAUUACACAGCGGAUUUUGAGACGGAUGGCAAAGUUUCGUUCGUUUCGUUUCGUGUGUAUCGAUUUUUUGAGUGAAGUGAACGUAGUGUUCGUGUCCUUUAGUUUAGUGACGUUUGAUAGAAAAAUAUCUGUGAAUGGGAUUGUGUAACAAUAUAAAACGUUUAUUUGGUGUGUGAUUUUCUAUAAAGGAUGACGAAGGACAGGUUAGCGGCGCUCCAGGCGGCGCAAAGCGACGAUGACGACGUCGGGCCAGACGAUGUCAACGUCGCCGUUGAGGGCGGCUUCAUGGAUGAAUUCUUCAGUGAGGUGGAAGAGAUACGAGAAAUGAUAGACAAGAUUCAGGCCAACGUUGAGGAAGUGAAGAAGAAGCACAGUGCCAUCUUAUCAGCACCGCAGUCAGAUGAAAAAACAAAGCACGAAUUAGAAGAUCUCAUGGCGGAUGUCAAGAAGACUGCCAACAAAGUUAGAGGGAAAUUAAAACAUAUAGAGCAGAACAUCGAACAGGAGGAACACUCGAACAAAUCGUCGGCGGAUCUCAGGAUAAGAAAGACGCAGCACUCGACGCUGUCUCGCAAGUUCGUCGAGGUGAUGACGGAGUACAACCGGACGCAGACCGACUACCGGGAUAGGUGCAAGUAUAGGAUACAGCGGCAACUGGAAAUCACGGGCAGGGCUACCACCGAUGACGAGCUGGAAGAGAUGUUGGAGCAAGGGAACUCCGCCGUUUUCACUCAAGGGAUAAUAAUGGAGACGCAGCAAGCGAAGCAGACGCUGGCGGACAUCGAGGCGCGCCACGCGGACAUCAUCAAGCUGGAGACCUCCAUCCGCGAGCUGCACGACAUGUUCAUGGACAUGGCCAUGCUCGUCGAAAGCCAGGGCGAACUGGUCGAUCGCAUCGAGCACCACGUCGCUCAGACCACCGACUACGUGGAGACCGGCCGCACCGACCUCAAGACUGCCUGGAACUAUGCGAUCAAAGCGAGGAAGAAAAAAAUCUUCAUCCUUAUAUGCCUGAGUAUUACGGUGAUUAUAUUAAUAAUACUGCUUGUGAUACUGCUGCGCUAGUGAAGACAUUGGAAGGACAGUACAAGUUCAGUUGUAUGAAACAGUUCAACAUUACAUUAGUGUGUUAAUUGCUGUAACGUCGACGCAGAUCUAAGCGAAAUUUUUAUUUUUUGUUCGCGUCAAGUGAGUUGCAAGAGAAACACAGAUGCGGGGAACGGCUUGGAGCCCUCGUAUGAUGUCUCAUCACAAGGUGUUAGUAGCAUCAAGCUUCUAACAGCAAAUAAUUAAAAAAAACUACAUUUUCCACUGGAAUCUGUGUGUCUCGCCUGUUAUGUAGUUGUCUAAUGCUUAGAAUAAUAACUAAGAGAAGAACAUUAGUAAGACGCACAGAAAGCAAUGCUUGCCAAUGCACCAGACGAUACAUAGGAGCUAAUUCUGUUCUAACUGAAAGUGCUAAAAUGGCGAAAAUAAAAAGAAAUACUUAUAUGAAGCAACCAUAGACGAUUAUAUCUGUGAUUACUUUGCAUAAUGAUACAUUUAGCUACAAUGGAUCGUUGCAUGUGUAAUUAUUAUGUUGCAUGUACUAGUGACAGUAGUAGACGAUAAAAAAUGGCGACAUAUUUCUGUGCGUUAUUUAUUUAUGUAUAAAUCAUUUACGUUUUGAGACUCACUAGCACACACAUUAUGGUACAAAAUUCGGUACGCCUUAGUGCUGAAGUAUCUAUGUUAAGUAUAUUACAUUAAAUGUAUCUCGUAUUCCGAUAGGAAAAAAGACGUGCUUAUUCUAUAGGUACCAUGAUAUAUCAAUUGUUAAUGUUUCCUUUUAGUAUUAUUAUUAUGAUAAACCUUAUUUUAUAUCCAUAAACUUGUCGGAUCGUUAUGUUAACGGACGUAUAACAUUAAAUAUUCUUGAUUCUGUACUUAAUAAAAACACAUAUUCUGUUUCAACUAUAUAAUCUGUUUAAACUGCUAGAUGCGUGGGCAUCUGAUAAAAUAUUAGACAUUUAUCAUUAUGUGCUUCAAUGUGAUGGUGGAAUCAUAUGCAUGUGUGUGUUAAAACUGUGUUAUUACACAAGACGUCAAUAUUACAUACUCUUACACGGCAUCCUCGCGUUCAUUCUGUCGUGUGCCUGAUUCAUAUAGAUUGGAUUCAUGUUCAUCUGAUUCAUGUGGUGAAAAGGAUAAGAUUAGUGUUAUUUAUCAUUUGUUCAAUAAAUUUACACCUGAGAAGGUCAUUUAUUAAAUGGUUUAAUUACAGAAGAUUUGAUUAUCAACACAUCAGUUCUUGUAAAUAGAGUGAGAUUUUCGUUACAGUUUGGAUUUAGCUAACUUACUUUUUUUUGUUUCUUUAUUAGAGUAACUUACUGAUAUUUCGUUGAUAUUCAAUGCAAAGUCUACUAAUUCCAUUCAUUUGUUAAAGAAUAUAGCUUUCAUUUCCCCCCGAAUUAUUUUUACUUUUGUUAUAAUUAUUUGUUUCACUUUGUUAUUACAGAAAAAAAUCUUCAUAAUAAUUUGCCUGAUUGUAACGGUGAUUGUGUUGAUAAUAGCACUUGGUCUGUGGUUGGGCCUGUGAUGACAGAAGACAAGCAGAUGUGUGUAAAUAGUGUAUCAAUAGUACCUACUAACAACAUGUUGCCACAUCGACACCUCAUUAUGUGAAUAUCAAAAAAGUUUUAUUUUUGAAGGAAUAUUUAGGUCAGAAACACAGACGUUCCAAACGGCACGAGUCACGCACACAAGUUAAUAUAUAAUGUCAACGGCACAAAAAGAUUUGAAAGAUUAACACCACCAAUGAUUUUAGCCUUCGCAUAUGAUGUAUCUCGCUACGGCCAUACAUACAUAUUCAUUUGAAUACUAACAAUACAUAAUUUGGCAUAUACGGUAAUAUAGGAGGUAUGCGGGAGACGGUGCUAACAUAAAGGUCUAAAGCGCAUUAUAAUGUAAUGACGCAGUUGAGUCUAUAUUGAAAAAAGUUUAUUGAUUAGAUUGUGAUAAACAAAUAAUUUCAAAAUAAACAAUGGAUACUAAUUUUGCUUUCAUCACAGGUGAUACCUACAAAAAGGUUUAAUGAUUGAUGCAAUAGCCUACAGAUAGGCUGUCUGUCGUACAUCAACUUGGAAAAAUAAGUAUGUUCCUAUGUUACGCACACGUCAACGGCCUGAUCCUGAUGGAAUUGUGGUACUAACUGGAAUAAACCAAUGGCACUAUUAACAAAUUGAACUAUUGAUUUUCACAGUUCCCCUAGUAUUGAUCGGCGAAUAACUAUGAUAAGCAUUUUUCAAAGUGUAAUUAUUCAAGCAUGAAAGUAGAUUUGCUUUUGAUUAGCGCACUAGUUAUCAUGUAAUAUUCAGAGGGCGAAGUGUUUUUCGGCUAUCAUAUUCACUACUCACUAUCGAAUCGACUCGUUAGUGAGAAAGCCCUCUUUACGCUUAGCUUACAAUUUGCGGUUUGUGCAAUAUAUCUGUUUAUUCACUAUUUAUAUUCCAAGUCUUUACCCAAUCGCGAAGUGAGCUGGUGUAUUUUGCAUGAGAUAACAUUUGCAUUGUUAAAGGUAAUGGUAAAAUAAAUCGCAAUAAACAAGCUAGCAAUUAUUGUAGAUAAUCAACGAGCAAGAAAAAAGAAACUAGUGAUUAACACUCAAUAUAUUAGAAAUUUGUAGUUUACUUCUUUAUUUUAGAAGCUUUAUAAAUAUUAUUACUUCACCCCACUGGCCUUUUUUCUUGAAAUGUUUUAAAUCUAAAAAUGUUAUGUAAAAUUAAGUAAAUUACAAUAUUUUCUAGAGAGCCUACCAUAGCGAUAGUAAUCGAGACAAUAUGUGUACAGUGCAAUAAAUAGAUUGUGCUUUAGGUUUAUAUGUCGUUUACUAUAUUGUAAAUUUAAUAAUUUAAAUGUAAACACUUCUUUGGGCUGAUAUGUAUAUAAAAUCACGAUUUUUUGAAUCGCCCAAUAAAUGCUUCCUGAUUAUUGCGGUUAAUAAAAAUACGAAAAACAAUAUAAAUAAAUAUAUUUUGACAGAAUUCAUUGAAUCAAAUUCAUAACUUUACGCCCACACUGACCAAAUGCACACUGAACGCCAACUAACGGUAUUCGGUUCUACUUGUCUCUUUUCUUUAUAUGAUUUCACAGCAUGCAGAAAAGAGGCAGGGACACAUUAAUUUGGUGGCUCGUCUUGUUGUGGACAUAAAGAAAAAAAGCUUUUUGAGAAAUUUGGAUAACACAAUGUGUAAUUUAAAUCAGCAAGGUAUCUUAUCGAUAGAUAAAAUAUCACAAUGAUUUUAAUUUUAAAUCUAAAAACAUUCAAUGUAAUCCAAUAUUAAUAAUAACUUAUUAAUUCUAAACUAAGAUGUGAUCUGCUAGAUGUUUAAUUUAUGCCACAAGUUGUAUUUCAUCAUAAAUUGACAUAUAAAUGUUAAUUUUUCUAUAGUUGUUAAUUUAUAUUAUGCUAAGACCGAACCUAUUAUUAAUCAGUUGCUCUAUUAUUAUUAUUAAUCGGCAAAUGUGUGAUAAAAUCCUUUAAUAAUGAAUAGUCUAUUCUGUCUGUUUGUUUAUACUUAUAUUUUAUUUGAAAUAUAAUGAUAUGUUUAAAUUAUUAUAAUUAUCUGUAAAUAUAACUAUUGAAAUCACAUUUCUAGAUAAUAGUCGGUGUAAUAUGUUAUUUAUAUUUCUUUUAAAAGAACCGAGUGUAAUAUGAAUUAAUACUUAAACCUAAUUUUCGUCACGAAUCUAGCGACAAAUUGUUUACGUGCAAACAAUUUUCAUUGCGAUGCGAAGACAAUGUAAAUUGCAUGCAUUGUAAAAUUUGAUUUGACCUUUGCACUUGAAUUGUUGGUGAAAUUAACGUCACCAAGUAUUUUCAGUCCACGAAUAUCGUAAUGAAAAUUAGAAUUUACUAAUGUUACCAAAAAGAGCAACUGUAUCGAACGGCAGUACAAUUUCGUUUCGUUCUUCCUUACUAGUUACUGGGCUCAGUAUUCAUUUAAUCUUAAGAUUUAAAGUAAGUAUGGCUACAUCGGAUAUAAUUUUUGCGACUAGUCCCGAACAAAUCAAAUACAUUUUGUAGUUGACACGACUUGUAUAUAAAAAUAUUUCUUGCGUUAAUGGGCUACCGCUCUUACACAGAACUAGCAUAUAUUAUUCCCAAUAAUUUACAUUUAUUCGAUGCAGCCAAAUGUAUUCACUGAAGGUGUAGUUUUGCUAUGAUUUUCUUAAUUUAUUACAGUUAAUAAUAAUUAGGUAUAUCCAGCAGAAUUCGAGCUUGUGUGCAAAGUUAAUGGACCGAAAAAUCUGAUAUUAUCUGUGAACAUAAAUAUCUUAAUGGCGAUCUGUAUUUAGUCACAAAUAGAGUUUAUUGAAAUUUUACAUCGUAUAAUAUAUUUUACUAUUAUUAUGGGCUCAGUUGAUGUCGCCUUAAGAUUCUAGUAAAGCUAUUGCCGUUAGCUCUUUGCCGAAGAAACUACUAUUAUUUGUGCACAUAUAAAGUAUUUAUAAACCCUGCAUUUAAAACAAGCAUUUCAUUUCACAUGUUUUUAAAUAAUUAUGGUCCUCCGUAAUUCUUAAGAAAAUAAAUAUCGCUUCUACUGUGAUUGCUCUUUUAAUGUUUAUAGCGAUAACAUUAUAUAAUUAGGCCAUUAUUCAGUAUAUUUGUUAGAUUGUUAAUGAAUUAUGUUCCCUUAGCUUUGCACUUAUUUAUUUAAUCAAAAGACUGUGACUUAUAUGUUAAUGCCAUUCAUUUAAUUUUUGAUUGUAUUAAUAUUUACAAUGAAAGGUUCUUUCUAUGUAAGGUAUAGUUAUUAUUUAGCGUUUAGUUAACCCUUACAACGAAAUAGGGAUGUCACACAGAUGAUUUUAUUAAAAUUCUUACUCAAAUUGUAAAUUUGUUUAUAGUUUUGAAGAUUACAUUUAUUUAUAUUAUUUCAA